AUGACAAAGAAAAUACUAGUCGAUGGCUUUCAUUUGCCUUUUAAUUUAUUUCUUUGGUUUACAAGUCGUAUUUUUGAACAGACUGAUGAACAGAGUUUAAAAAGUUUUGUGUGGAUCGUCUCAUCAAAUACAAUAGUGAAUUGGUUGGCCGAAUAUGUUGUUCAACAAUGUAAGCUUCCACUGCGGGACGAAGAUGCCUUAAGAAAACAUCUACGUUUAAUUGAAGACGGGCAAUGGAUUCCAGUUAUUUGGGAACUUGUGCUUGGUGUGGAUGAUCUAUGUUUUAAAAAAGAUGAUAAUGAAACCAGUAAACUGAAUCAAGUUUUCGUUGCUUUAACAUCAAUACAGAAAGAACCGUGUGACGAAGAUAUCGUAGAACAGUUGUCAUGCAGAGAAAUCUCUGAAUGGCCGGAAAUCGUAAGGGAUUACAAUUCUUUGAAAUUUCUUGUCGAGUUGCCAGUAAAUUGGUCAGAGCAAGCACUAAUAGAAGCAGAUGCAUAUGUAGACGAGCUGAGAAAAAUCUAUGGUGAUAACCUUGUCGAUUUUUUUCUUAAAAUUUUAAGUAAGUCAGAAAAUUUUUCUGAAGAAAUCAUAUGUCAGUUUCUUAGCAACUUCUAUUACGAAAUAUGGCCAUUCACAGUAAAGACACUGGAAAUGGUAGAAAAUGAAAAGGUCCAGAACUGGCAAAGUAAAUUUAGUGAAUUAUGCUCGCCUGGCACUGAAAGAUCUCUUAACGAACUUUUUGAACUAAUGAAUGGCGAUUGUAGCGCAACUGGUUUAAAUUCAAGUCGUACGCGUAGUGAUUCAAGUGCUAAAGAUGAGGCCGAUAUGAAAGGAGUCCUGGAACAAGAUAUUUUGGAUGAAGAAGAGAUCGUUUCUGCAUUUGGUUAUGAUUUUGUCUUUCACUGGAAGACAGCUUUCGAUUCAAAAAUAAAGCAAAUGGACAAAGAUGAGAAAGAAUAUUACAAAGACAUCGUUAAAGUCUAUGCACAGAAAGUUAAGAGGAACGUGGAGUGCUUAUGUGAUGACGAGAGACAAAAAUUUCUUUUGCAAAACUUUUGUGAAGUGUUGUUUUUUGUCGAAGUGGGGUUAUCUUUGUUAACAGGCUUUAAAUUGAGACACACUCAAAGACUAGCGAUUGCGUUGCUUGUCAACAGCGGCUCUAACGGUCUCCUUGAGCAAGUCUCAACUGGCGAAGGGAAAACCAUCAUUAUAGUUGCUUUUUGUAUAAUAAAAAAUCUCAUUGGUCACAGUGUAGAUGUCAUUACCAGUUCCCCCGUACUUGCUGAGCGUGAUGCUACUGAAAACCAAGAGUAUUUUGAAUUAUUUGGCGUCAGCGUUUCUCACAAUUGUAGCGAAGACAUCGAAAAAAGAGCUGAGGCGUAUAAGAGAGAUAUUGUGUACGGGGAAAUUGGUUCGUUUCAGAGAGAUAUCCUGCUUCAACAGUUUUACAGCAAAAACGCUUUUGGGAAAAGAGGUUUUGAUACGAUUGUGGUUGACGAAGUCGACAGUAUGCUUCUAGAUAAGGCCGAAAAUGUUCUCUACCUGUCACACGACAUUUCUGAUUUCGAUGCUUUAGAACCUUUGUUCGUAUACAUUUGGUCCUUUGUUCAUGGCAAAGGUCUCGCAGGAACUGACCAAGACGUGGAACUUGUCAGAGCCGCUUUAAUGAAUGCAAUGUACGGCACGAUUAGCAAAGAUGACUUGGAAAAGCGCUUAAAUUUUAUAUCCGGAAUUGAAACAAUCUCAGAUGUCAUUUUACAGGAGUUAUGUGACCAGAACAUAUUAGACGGAAAAGGAAGAAUUCGUUGUUUGUCAAAGUUAAAGAAUACCAAUAUUAAACUUGACCUGAACAAGAAACUCGAUUUAGAAGAAAUUGUUGAUAUCGAUGGAGCUGUUUUAAACUUUCUGAAAGAUGCUGCAAGGCAGGGAACCGAAAUUGAUGUUCCAAACUACUUGGAACAGUUUAUCGAACUGCACCUUACUGAGUGGAUAAAAAACGCUUUUAUGGCAAGAUUCAUGAACGAAAGGCAGCAUUACAUUGUUGACAUUGAUCGAAGUGAUAUAGAAUUUGGCGACACAGCGAAUGUUGUUAUCAUUGACGUAGACACAGGCGUGGAACAGUCGAACAUGCAAUGGAGUAACGGCUUGCAUCAAUUCUUACAGCUCAAGCACGGUUGUCGAUUGUCGGUUGAAAACCUUAAAGCAGUUUUCAUGUCCAAUCUUGCUUUCUUCAGGCUUUAUGGAAAAUCGAUCUUCGGUUUGACGGGGACAUUAGGAUCUGAGAAAGAAAGGAAUUCUCUGAAAGAACUUUACGACGUGGAUUAUGUGAACAUACCAACUUUUUGUCCCAAGCAAUUUUCCCACCACUCAGGACAUUUGUUCAAUUCUGAAGACGCUUGGAUUAAAAAAUCCGUUGAGAUAGCUGCAGAAAUUGCUAAAGUGAGGCCAGUAUUAAUGAUUUGUAACACGAUUCGUGAAUUGGACAAUUUUCAUCGGGAGUUUCUCAGAAUGAGUGAAAAUAGUCGUUUCGAUUUGCAUAUAUACAAGAGUAGCUAUGAGGAGCUGGAUAUUGUGAGCCAAGGGAAGAUUAUUGAAAAAGGAUGUGUGAUUCUUUCAACAAAUCUAGCCGGACGUGGAACGGAUUUGAAAAUCAGUGAUGACAUGAAUAUGGCAGGGGGACUUCAUGUGAUCUUAACAUAUUUGCCACGAAAUACGAGAAUUGAAGAACAAGCGUUUGGACGCGCUGCCCGAAAAGGUCAAAACGGUAGCGGUCAGUUGUGCAUUGUGAAUUCCAAUAAUCUCCAGAAGAAACAAAGCUCUCGUCUUUCAAUUCUUAAAAUGGCAAAAGAAAGGAAUGCGGAGGAGAAACAGAGGUUGAUUUCCAUGAAAAAGCACUACGAGUCCUUCAUCAUGAAAGAAGAAGACUAUUUCAAUAGAUUCAAGUUCCUUUACGCAAAAUUCCAAACUGUUCUGGAAAACCUUGAAGACACAGAGAAAGAAGUCAUACUAAACGCCUGUCUCGAUCGUUGGGCGCUGUGGCUUGAUAGCGUUGGAAAAAUCUUGGGUGAUGAUGAUUCUGAUGUCGAAAGUCGUUGGAUGGAAUUCGAGAAGCAAAUGAAGGAAGAGAGUGAAGCGAGAUCAAAAUCUUCCUCGAUCAGGUUUAGGACCAAAAGCCCUUGUCUUAGAGUGAAAUUAGCCGGCGUGUACAUGAAACAGAAAGAGUACUCAAAAGCUAUGGAAAUUUUCAAGAAAAUUAUUACCGACGAGCCAAAAUUUUCAGAAAGCGCGCAUUAUUAUUAUGCACACUGCAUAAUAAAAACAGAUAGCACCGGUAAUACAGCGAUGCUAACCUAUCACCUUCUUAAUGCGGAAAGAGGAUUCAAACACAGAAGUGAAGUGCUUUCUAAGCUCAAUAACAUGGUAAAAUUAGUACAAAAAUUUUAUGGCAACGAUAUCGAGCAUUUCAUCUCGAAUGACUCCUAUGAGCAGCAAAAGACCGAUUUAAUUACAAUUUUCAAUAUCUUUUGCGAUUCGGUGCGAAAUAUUCUAGGACAAAUAGUUCAAUUUAACGCUCUAGACAGCAUUAUCCAAAACGCCAUCCUAACGACCAAAAUAAUUGAUGACCGAAAACUGUUCCAAGGUUUUAGGUUUUACGAGUUUAAAGCAAAGGCUGAGGAACAGAAGAAAAAACUGGGACAAUUCAUGGAAGAACAAAUAGCACAUUUACUUGAGAGGUACGCGCUUUAUGCCAGUAAAAUCAAGGAAAGAAUUGACUCCCUACAAAGAGCAAAUAGAGAUCUUGAUCUCAAGGCGGAGGACUUUCGGGGACUCUUGCCUAGCCGGGAGGAGUUUUGGCAGGAACUAAACCAUAGUGAUCUAUUGUGCAACGAAGAGGAAUAUAUUGUGGUAGACAAAAAGAAGGCAGACUCAAUCUUUCUUCCCAAAGAUUACUAUAAAAACAAGAUUUGCGAAAUCAAAAAAUUUGCAUGUAAAGAUUUCCUAAAAUUCUUCGAAACAGGCAAGAUUCGUUCAGUGGACGAAGUCACUAGAGAAGAAACUAUUUUGGCACGCAACGACCUUAAAGGAUAUCCUGAGUAUACUAGACGUAGAGAAGAAAACAUCUCGGAGAUCGAAAAGUGUAACGUAGGUAAAAACACUUCCCAACGAAAGCAUUCUACAGAUUGUGGAAACACUGCAAAACAUAGAAAUCCUAGUGGAAGUAAAUGCACAAGUAACUGUGAAGUUUCGACGGGAAAUGAAUAUCCUACCAGUCAUGUUGAUUUGAAAACAAUAUCAUUCCAAGGACAUUCUAAAUCUAUACCUAUUUGCAUGUUUCCAGAGCAUCUUGAAUAUAUUAUUAGUGGUGAGUAUAUUGUUAUUCCGAGCACAUCAGAUUUAGAUAGAGAAUUUCUACGGAUUUUGGAGUGCUCUGGCGCACUUUACACUAACAAAACAGCUUACUUUAAUAAAAGUGAUGCUAAAGAAUGUAAACUAAGAAAGUAUGAUGGGAUUUCUGAGGAAAAUUUCUGCGAAAUUGAAGGUGUGAAUAAACAGAUUGCUAAUGAGAUAUUUCGACAACUUCAACUGUCGGGUGUCCUGGAAAAUGACUUGCCAAACAUGCAAAAGUUCGAUUUGCCUAGACACAAACGAUUUGAAAGUGAAGUUAAAUCUAUCUUAGAUAAAUACUAUGCUUACAGAUUACUUCUCCUCCAAUUGAUUAAUGCUAAGAGCAUUGAUGAUCUGCCUUUCGACCAACUAAAUUCAAAUCCUCAUCAAACAAUCUGGGAGGAUUUAAUUGAACUAAACAUUGUUAAUCUCGUCUUAGUUAAAAACGUAACUAGUGAGGAUGCCAAGAAGGUUUUAGAAAAUGAAAACAGUCGAAUUCCUAACAAAUUCGGUCAUCAUGAUCUUAAAUCUGUAGCGUCGGCAAUAAGCAGCUGGAGAGCAGGCCUGUUUAAAUUCGAGACCGUAGAUUCAAGUCUGAAAGAUAUGAGGGAGAUGCUUGGCGCAGAGAUUAAGAGAGGGGCGUCUAUUGAAAUACAAUUAUUUGAAAGUAAAGGUUUUGAUCAUGUUAUAGUACUUGAGGAGAAAAAGUGGUCAUUGUGGACAAUUUUGAGAAUCGUUGCAAUUGUUGCCAUCGGUAUAGCUCAGAUUGUACUUGGAAUAGUUGUUGAAGUUUUUUCUGUUGGGGCGUGUACUUUCCUUGCUGCUGGGUUGAUUGAAGAAGGAAUCAGUGAUAUCAUGUUUGCUAUUGAAUGUGCUUUCACGGGCUAUUGCACAUUCAAAGAUUACUUAAUCAACAAAGCAAUUAGUUUAGUAUUUACCGUUGUGUCGGGUGGUGUAGGCGCUUUUUUUUCGAGAGGCGCUAAGUAUUCCCGUUAUGGUGUUAAAAUCGGCGGAGAGCAUUUGGUGGAGAAAGCCGGAAUGGCACUGGUAAAAAACACCGGCAAGAAACGAGUAAUUAAAGAAUGCGCAAAAACAGCCGGGAAGAAACUAUUGAAAGCUGGGGCUCUAGGAUUGGCGACGAGCGGUGUCAACAUGGCAGUGGAGAACCUUAUGAGAGAUCGUCUCUCUGAGAUGUGUAGAUCAAUAUGCAAUAGCUUGAAUCAAGAAGGAAAGCACCAAGAAAAUCGCCGUUUGAUUAAAGAAAUUUUUCAAAAUGUUGGCAAACAGAGAGGGAAAGAGAUUAUUACUCGUGUUGGAAAUGACCUUUGGAGAAGCAAGGAAAACAAAAUGCGCGAUUAUACGUUGAAAGCGUUCAAAGCAAUAUCUGGAGGUUUUCAAGAGGCUUUGGCAAAAUCAGGCAAAACGAAAGGCGCCAGCGAAGAAAUUACAACACUGCUAUCUGUAGUAUCGUCAGUUUUAAAAAUUGUAUCACAUUGUAGCGCAGUAGAUGAAAUGCAUGAGUUGUGCACCAGUUUUGGUAAAGAGCUACCACAUCUGUUAGAAGCUGAGCUAAAAAGAAUAAAGGAAAAGAAAGCGAAAAAUGAGGAUAAGUAUGACCAACAAGAAAAAGAAAAAGAAAGAGAAAAUCUAGAAAGAGACGUUUCGGGUUUUCUUGACGAAUUAAUGGAUAACUUGGGACAACAAGUGGAAGCCGUUCUCGAGAAUAAGCUGUUAAAACCGCUUCUACAUCAUUGCGCAAACAAGUUAGUCAUGGCAACAGGAAAAUUAAUGAAGAAAAUGAAAACCAAAUUUGACACACAUCAACAUGAGCAAAAGCUUAAAAAGAUCUUACAGAAUAAAUCCGACACAAGGGAUCAAGAAAGCUGUACUGAGGCCACACAAACUCUUGCAAAUAAUAAUGUCAGUGACUACCAGCGUAGUUUAGUAAAAUUACUUAAGAAGGUGCGGGAUCCGGAUUUAUAUGCUGAAAUUAUUAGCCAGGAUAUUCCCAUGGGAGUACACGAAGCCCAGGCAUUAUGUAAUGUUAUCAAUAAGCCGAUACAUAUUAAAUACGUCGGAGAUGAAACUCAAAUUUUACCACUUAAAUUUAAUCCAAAAGGUAGUUCUGGCGGGGAACCCCUCAUUAUAUAUUUUAAAUCUCGGGGGAAAGGGGGUGUUGGCCAUUUUUCGGAAUCUCCUGAUUGUGCUAGUAGUACUUCAAGUGGGAAAAACAGUUGUUUAAUGGAUGCAGUAUCGAAAAUUACCGGAAAAAAAGUUGAUAGAAAACAGGUCGCUAGGAUUGUGAAAAAUGAUAAGAAAAUUCGCGAUGGGAUAAAACGGGGCAUACACACUCAUUUUAUAGAACGAGGCGGCACUGGUGGUUAUGUGAGGCCAAAAGAACAGCAGGAAAGGUUGAAAAGGCUAAUUGAUCAAAUUAGGAAUCAAAAUGUAAAGGCAACUAAAGAACAAAGAAGCCAGUUGAAAGAUUUACAAGGAAAAGCAGGAAUGCGAAAAGGAAAGGUGUAUAAUACUGGUAAUCAUGAGUUGCUUCCACGAGGAUCAAUUGAUAAAUGGAAGGAGCUCGGCUUACUGGAGGAGCAUUUGCAUUUAAGAGUGGAUACGCGAUACGCUGUGUAUUUUAUUGAUAUGGACAAAAUUCCCCCAGAGAAGAGAGAGCGUUAUGAGUCGAAAGGUGCUGGCCUACAAGGGCAUUCUGUUUCAGUGUUUAGUAAUCCCUCAAAUAGUAAAAAGUCACAGAAAACAGUCGCAAGCAAAUACAUGCUACACAAUCCGAAUUUAAAAGAUGCAAUCAUUAAUUGUGAAACAAAACAACAACGACAAUGCCUGAUAAUAGAGGAUUAUAUUAAAACAAUAAAAUCAACAAAAGGGCGAUUGGAAACUAUUAGAGAUAAUGAGAAAGGCGCAGACAUUCUGAAAAAAACAUAUACAGCAACAGGACACGAUUUAUCCAAGCCCGAUCAACUAAAUAGUUUUUUGAAUGGCCUUUCACGAGAGGUCUACAAAGGUGAAGCGAUCGUACAAAAAAUAAAAGGAUCCAAAAGUUUUCGUUCACCAGGGAACGAUUCUUAUUGCCAAGAAAUUCUUCAAAGGGUAGAAAAUGCAAAUAACUUGGAAACGUAUGGUCGCAUUUUAAUGGAACCAGCCCCGUAUGGUCAUAUCAAAGAAACAUGA